AUGGCGCAGAGCGGAGAGCGCGCGGUGCCCGGGGACACGGAGACUCGAGCCGCGCUCCUGCCGUUCAGCGUGGAGGCGCUGAUGUCCGAGCCCAGACCGGGUAAAGAGAAGCCUCCCCUGGACUCUCGUGGAGCCGGAGCGCGGAGCCCGGGGCCGCGGCGCGGCGCAUUCGACACUUUAGACGCGUCUGUCGCAUCUUUACAGCUGAGCUCCGCGUUUUCCGUCAGUGACGUCAUGAGCGUGUCCGUGGACGCGCUGAAGGCGGACCCCCCGUGGAUCCGGAACCCGCGUUUCUCCCCCGCACCGCCCCGAAGUCCACCUUCGUGCCCGCUGAGAAAGCACAAGACCAACCGGAAGCCUCGCACGCCGUUCACUACGGCGCAGCUGUUGGCGCUGGAGCGGAAGUUCCGUCAGAAGCAGUACCUGUCCAUCGCCGAGCGCGCCGACUUCUCCCGCGCUCUAACCCUCACCGAGACACAGGUGAAGAUCUGGUUCCAGAACCGACGCGCCAAAGCCAAGCGUCUGCACGAAGCCGAGCUGGAGAAGCUGAAGAUGGUGUCGAAGCCUCUGCUGCCUCCGGCCUUCGGCCUUUUCCCUCUCGGAGCGCACGUGCCCGCCUCUUACACGGGCGCGUUCCAGCGGAACCCGGUGUCACCCGUGUCACCCGUGUCACCCGUGUCACCCGUGUACGCCGCGCACCUGGGAUACAGUAUGUACCAUUUGGCCUGA